AUGACCAAAAAGCGUCGACAAUCCCACCCGCGCGCCUGCCGCGCUCUCUCGGCAAUAAACGAAUCGUUUUGCACCAAACGAGCGCGGGCUCGUCGAGACCACUCGACGUGCUCCACGCCGCACCAAUCUGGCGCGUCACCCGAGACCGUGGCGCAUUUCCGAGCGCUGCAGCGCUCGACGGCUUCCGUGGCUAUUGCUGACGUGUUUGAGUGGCUCGGAGACGCCCUUCUGGGCGAACUGAUUGGGCGCUGUCUAUUGUCCCAGUUCCACCACGCGCCAGUGAGUGUGCGGGUGUUCCGGAACGUGCGACUGGCGGUGGUUACGAACCGUAACUUGGCGCGUGUGUACGACGCGAUGGGGUACGCUACCGUGCGAUGCCAUCAUCCAAUGGGCGCAGCUUUAAAGGCCGUGACGAUGAAAGACCGAGCAGACGUCGUGGAAGCGGUUGUGGGUGAGCUCGUGGUGACAGCGUAUCGGCAAAAGACGAGCGACGUCGACGGGUACAGAGCCCACUUGGAUGCCGUCGUGGCGACGAUGCUGCACACGCACUUUGACGCUCUGCUGCACAAGAGGAACGAGUUUGGUGAGACUGCAAUGACGGCGAAAGGACCGCUGAGCGUGGCGUUCAACCCGUUUGCGUGUCUGCCUCGGGAGCACUUGGACGACACAACGGGGGCGCUGGUUGUAACCGAUGGAGUGUUUUUCGAUAGCGAGGAGGCGACCGAUGGCUUUUGUUUGUCGGACGCGUGCAGCAGAAAUGGACAGAUGGAGACCAGAGAAGAGGCGACUGUGGUGCCGCACCACUACUUUGCGCACGUCAGCGAGACUGCUGCUGCUGUUGCUGCUGCAGUGGAAGAAAGAGACGGUGUGACCACGACGUCGGGCGUGCACUGUAUCGAGCUGGCCAUGGCGGAGUUGCAUGACGCACAUUUGCUGCGAACGUCGCGUGAGUUCUUUGAAGUGUUUAAGAUCUACGGCAUGGCCGUGCUCUCGGAGAGACUGAGUCUGUCGUUAGCUUUGCCACAUGUGUCGUCGGGGUCUCUGAAAGGCCCGGACAUGGUCACGCCGGCCAGACUCACGCGUCAGCGGCAGCUCGUGCUUUCCAUGGCCAAUCUCGCAGCGUGUGCGACCCUGCUCGGGAUUGCAGCACCGGCUGCACACGAUGAUGACGAGGACAACGAAGAAAGUGCGGCACGGCGACUACAAAAGGAGCACGGAUACGCAAAUACGUUACGUGCUUUUGUAGGCUAUCACAGUGCCGUCGCGACGACUUCGGCCUCUGCGAAGAGCCGUAGUAAUGUCCUGGUGAACACCGUCUGUACGGCACUGCACGCCGCAGUUGUUUCGAGUGAAAGUGAGAUCAGCACCGCCCCAUUGCGCUCGUCAGAAAUCCCCGAAAGAGAACCACUCAUGGCUAUGAAACGAUCUGUCGAUCAGGUGCGGAUGUUUAUGCGUAGCAAGACGUGUGACGAUUUACACGCGCGUGAUGAAAGGCCAAAGUCUGAAGCAGCUGUGGAACGCGAGCGAACAGAGAGGUCCUCCGCCAUUUUGCGGCAUUGUGACUCCAUUGAGCUGGCCGAUCUGUUUGAGACAUUGAGUAGGGAGCAAGACGCGCAGCAGAAGCAACGCAAACCAGCUCGGACGCGACGGAAGAAAAAGAAAAAGCUCAUCGAGGAGUUCGCGUUUACAGCUGGAAGCAUCACUCCAGCGCUUGAGCGAUUUCUUCACCGCCGAUUCCUCUUUUGCCUCGAAGACAUCGUGAUCUUGUUCGCGCAGCGCAAGACAGAAGCUUGUCGAGCGCAGAUCGCUGCAUACCGACACGACCUUGAGCCAUGCGCGAAUCAUUUCCGAAAGUGGGAGGUUUCGACAAGUACGCUGACGUUAGCGAUGCGUGAUAGCAGCUUUCGGCUGCUGCUGCACGAGAUGUGUCACUUUCAUGCCAUCGUGUCGUCCAGCAGAAACACGCGAGACGGGGCCAGAAUCACGCAGCUUCGGCUGCCGCUUCAUUACACGUGGGCAAACAUUAACACUCGGGUCACCUCGGAGCAACAGGCUUGCAGCUGA